AUGGUUUCCAAAAAUUUAAUUUUUAAAUUAAGGAUUGAUGAAGCUAGGCAUGAAUUGCACAAAAUUGUUAAUGACCGUGAAAUGCGGGAAGCAGCAAUUUUGAUAUUUGCGAAUAAACAAGACUUGCCUGGUGCAUUACAACCAACCGAAUUACAAGAAAGGUUAGGUUUAGGAAGACUUCAUUCUCGUAAUUGGUAUGUUCAACCUUCAUGUGCAAUUGGUGGAAGUGGUCUUUUUGAAGGAUUAACAUGGCUAGCAUCAAAUUGUAAAUGAC